AUGCGAAUCUUCGUCCUGUUGUCUGCAUUUCUAAUAGCUUUACUGCUGCUAGCAGCCAUGACCAAUUCUUCAACUGCCAAAUCCUACUCACUACAAUCACUUUCUUCUGAAAUUUAUAUUCGAAACGGAGAUUGUUCAUUGAAAAUUGUUGAAUAUUUUCAAUAUGAAUUUAAUGGAACCUUUUCUAGAAUUGGAAGAGCAUUACCUCCACUCGCUUCCAAUGCAUAUGAUCGUUCUGUGACUUUAGUUUCGGAUAAUGGAUAUAACAUUAGAAGUGAGUAUCAGAAAAUUAGUGAAAGUCCAUAUGUAGUACUGUAUUUGGAGCCGUCAACUCCUGAAAAUGGAAUAACUGUACUAUCCUUUAAACUUUCGUAUACUAUUUCUGGAUCGAACAGUUUCUUCCAAACUGAAAGUCAAAAGGCUUAUCAAGUUUCGUAUUAUUACAAGGAUAAUUACAAGAUUUUAAAUCUAAAUUCCACAUUCAUCUUUGAUUCCACUAUUGAUUUCUCAAAUCCCCCAACUCCUGACAGCAAUGGAAUUCUCACACUCAAUUCCAAUCAACAAUAUUCCAUUUUCUAUCAGAAAUCAAAUCUCAUUUCUCAAUACACCCCAUCCGUAACCUUUCGUACCAAUUCCAACCAAUACGAUAAAUGCCUAAUUGACCAAAGUGCCAUCAAUGCAGCCAUUAUCCUUAGUGUAAUUGGUGGAACUUUCCUCCUUACAGGUCUGAUAUUAUUUUGUGUUUUGAGGAAUAGAAAAGGUGGAGGUGGUGGAGGAAAUGGUGGUGAUGGGAGUGGUGGUAAUUAUUCCUCUUUCAAUGAUACCAAUUAUACCACUUCGAAUGAUUUUGGAGGAGGAGGUGGUGGUGGUGGAGGUGGCUCCUCAAGCCAUGGAGGUUCUGGAUUUGCAGAUUAA